UGAAUUUCAUUUGAUUACGAGGAAAGAAAUUUUGGCUUCUUUCUGUUCCAAACUUCGGAGUUUGGAAUUAUUGAUCGAUAGGGGUAGAAUAUUUGGCACCAGCGAUCCAUAGAAAUACAACUAGAAUAUACAGCAAUAAAAUACAGCGAUACAAUGAUGAAUUGAUACGAAAUAAACAAGAAAUCUAGACGUAGACAUAUCACUUACGAAACACGUGGUCUUGUAAUGCGUGAAGUAUUAAUAUCUCUCUAACUGGAUGAUUAAAUUUCGUAAGGAAAAAUGAUGGCAAGAUUGUCGUAGAAUCUAUGACACGCACAGAUUUCAGAUGUUUCAUUAUAGAUUCAUUCAUUUAUUAUUCCUCCGACUCUUCAAACAGACCCUUCAGUUCCUAUUUCAUGCAGAAAGUACCGAGCAAUAUUUCGACUCAUUUACAGCCCCUUAACUUUUACAUAGAGAUGGAGGUCAAGAUUCCUCCAAUCAAUUUUCCAUUCGUGGAAACUGUAUACGGUACAGUAUUCAAUAUUCGAACGCUGGAUUUUGGAGAAAAACCUCUGCAAGUAUUUUCUUUCGAAGCUAAAAUCUCCGCCGAUGAGAUAUACUGGAAACAUCGUCUAACAGUAAGAAAAUUCUCAGUUUUAAUUUGACUAAAGAUAUUUCAUAAUAAUUAUAGUUGUAAAGACACAAUUGUAAAGUAACAAUUGCAAAAUGAAAGUUGUGCUACGAUAUCUUUAAAAAAUUUACUUUCUGUUCUUACUCGAUUUUGGAAACUUAGCCACAACAGAGGACUAAAAUCCUGAAACUUGGAAUUUAACUUCAGAGGAUAAAAUAUUGAUUUCACGUGUUGAGAUAUAUAUACCAAGACAGUGGUCGAUUUGAAUAUUUCAUACACAAUAUCCGAUCAAUGACCACUCCUGGAAUGUCACACGGUGUGUCGGAGGACCCAGAAACCCUCUACCACUGUACCCAGAAAACAAAUCACGAAUUCUACUUCAUCCUGCGAUUCCCAGGCUUCUCCGUUUCACUAGGUAUCUAUCUUUCAUCUCCAUUCGACUGUACGGUCUACCGAACCUACAAGGCGUUGCUUUCAACGAACACCCAGAGCUUUUGUAUUAAUCAUACAAGUGACAACGAAAGAAAGUUGAAAUUACAGUCAGAACAGAUAUGUAUAAAAUAACAAAGGAAAAUAAUAAGAAACUUCAACUCGUAUCCGUGCGUAGAAUUACAUUUAUCUGACCACGUUAGGGAACAAACAAUAAAAUCCACAUAAUUCACGUAGUAAGCAUCGACCGACUCCCUCCAUUGCCUCAAAUUUUCUCACGUAAUGGGAAUUCACGUUCAGAUAAGUAGAUUCGGUACGCAGGAAAUCAUUUAGUCGGACACUAAAUAACAUUUUGUUCGAUAUGUAAGUAGAGUUUCAUUUUGUACCUAUAAUUUUUCGUUUGUGCAGAAGAAAAUUCAGACAGCGAUCCACAUUCAGACAAGUAGAUUCAAUCGAUAUAUAAUCGGACAGAAGCUAGAAUUUUGUGCGAGUAGGCAGAGUUGCAUUGUAUCUACAAGGUUUCGUUCGUGCAGUAGGAAUUCACAUUCAGAUAGGUAGAUUCAGUGAGUAGUUUACAUUCAGAUAAGUAGAACAGUCAAUAGUUUACAUUCAGAUAAGUAGAUUCAGUGGGCACCACGUUCGAACAAGUAGAUUCGGUCGACAUACAAUCAGACACUAACUAAAAUUUCGUUUCAAUAAAUGGAGUUGUAUCGUAUGGAAUUUUAUUCUAUUAUAUGGAAUUGGGAAAAAUAAAAUUCAAACAAAUACCAACAUGGUGGCACUUAGGUCCCCGAUAUUUUCUGGUUCUAUAUAGAAUUUUCAUUAAAAAAUAUUCUCUUUUACUCUCCUUAAUCGAACUAUAUAUAGUUUCCCCACAAUAUAUAAUUACAUUUUUAAAAUAUAUUAAUAACAUCGUCUGUGGGUUCGGAACAAGAACAGAGCCAACGUAAUUCCUGCGUGUCUUAAAAGACGAUUAAAAGGGAAACCCAUUAUUUAAAAAAUAUAAAGAUACUUGUAUCCAAAUUUUUGGACGAAAAAUGUGAAACAAAGAAAUGGGAUAAAAAGGGAAAGAUUUUAUAUGGAAUACUUAAUAGUAGGUUCUCUUACGAAAAUUAAUGAAUUUAAUUAAUUAACUUAUUAAUCAAUCUAACGUAAUUUUCUAUUAUACUAACCAUACAAAUCUCUUUGUCUCUCCCUCUCCUACUUUUUCGCCAUAGCUCCUCCCUGAACAGACAUCGUAUUCGCUCUUUGAAACAGCAACAUAUGAAAAGAAUAGAGAAAGGAGGGGGAAACGUGUCGGAUUAUCCGGCGGCCGGCCUGAUCGGACCUAGAAAGGCGGUUGUUCUAAGGUUUCCGCGUUUGGCGUAGGAAGCCAGCUCGUGGACUGGCUCGUGCCUUGACAGAGUGAGACACAAAAUCAUCAGGCCGAGAAUCCGUCGUUGUGGAUCGUUAAGCGUCGUUAAAAAUCGACACCGGUGUGCAAACGUACGCUACAUACGUUAUACUCCUACCACUUUCUUCGCCCCUUCUACGAGGAUGGAUCGUAACGAGAGCGCAAACGAGGGCGGAAGCUCGCCGGACACGGUGAUCGCGCGCUCCUCGUCCGAAGAGGAGCGGAACAGGUUCGCGUGCAGCACUUCCGGCGAAUACGUGACCGUAGGUGACAGCAGCUCCAGCGUAGACACGGUCACGAACGUUGGAACGACGACGAACGUGGCCACCGGUGACCCACCGGUCGCGGACGAUAAGAAAAAGGGAAGAUUCGGAGCUUUGAAGAGCAGCUUCCGGAAGGAAGGAGGAUUGUUCAAGAUUAGGAGGAAGAACAGGCAGCUGGACGAAUCGGCUGCCGAGCCCGAGCUGGAUGUCGAGGAAAAAGAAACGGGUCGGAAGCGGAGUUCAGUGGAGGAGGAGGACGACCGCAAGGUCGUCGUUGGUCCAUCGACGACCUUGAAGAAGAAGAAGAAAAAGUCGAACUCGUUGGUGCGCAAACUGAGCCUGAACAAAUUUCGUCUGUCGACGGAGCAGGAGCCGAGGCACACGCCCGAGGGUGGUGACAGCAGUCGAUCACAGAGCCAAUCGUCGCAGGAAUUGUCUAGCCUCUCCGACAGCCCGUCGAGGACCGCGAGGAAGGGGCAAGAGAUCGAGAGGCUUGGCCAUCGCGACGGAUACGAGGCCGACGAGCAGCCUGACACGUUAUACGACGUGGACAGGGAGAAGGGAGAGCCGAGGAAACCGGAGAAACCGACGGAGAAACCGGUGAGCACGGUGACCGUAGUGCAGCGCAAGUCGCCGUCGUUAACCAUCAGGAGCUUUUCCUCGAAGAGUCAGUACGAUUCCCAAUCCUCGGAGAAAUCUCCUCGUUUGGAAGCUCCGUGCAGCUCGACGCUUCCCUAUGCGCUUUCAAAAUGGGCGGAGGAAAAGCCGCCGAAACCAACGUCAACCGAACCACCUAGAAAAUCCAAAUUGAACACGAAAUCCGAGUCCGAGUCUGGAAUACCAAAAUCGUCCCCUCGCGAGGUUAGACGAAAAUUGUCCUUAUUGGAGGAGAAACGGGCGAUUUUUCAGCGUCGUUUGUUCGAAACUACUCGUGACACUGAUUCGGGCGAGACAGUGAUCGCUGUUACCGUCGACGACGACGAUAAAUCGCCGUCAGUGAAGGAGGAGGAGAAACAAGAGGAGAAUCGAACGAAGAAGAAGGCGAGGCAUAUCAGUGUGAAAAAGUUCGACACGUUCUCCACGUUCGAGGGUACGUUCGACGAGGAGACUGGAGUUGGCUAUCUGGCUGGUAUCGAGGAGGAUUAUACCGAGAGCUACGAUAGACAGCACGAUAGUUACCUGGCUACUGUGGGGUCGAUGAUGGCAGACAACGCGGAGAAGAGCAAGGUCGUCAGUCAGGAUAGCAUGUCGUCGCAGAACAAUGCGCCGAAUGCCGGAUUAGGCGAUAAACGAGAGCACUUGUAUAAAAUUCUGGUAAUUGGCGAGCUGGGCGCUGGAAAGACGUCCAUUAUCAAGAGAUACGUUCAUCAAUUCUUUUCGCAACAUUAUCGCGCGACGAUUGGCGUUGACUUCGCACUGAAAGUGUUGAACUGGGACCCGCACACGAUCAUAAGGCUGCAGUUAUGGGAUAUCGCAGGUCAAGAGAGGUUUGGCAACAUGACGAGAGUGUAUUACAAAGAAGCAGUGGGCGCGUUUAUAGUAUUCGACGUGACGAGAAGCGCGACCUUAGACGCAGUGGUGAAAUGGAAACAAGAUUUAGACUCGAAAGUGCAACUUCCUGAUGGUUCACAGAUACCUUGCGUCCUUCUUGCGAACAAAUGUGACCAGCAGAAGGAGGGUCUAGUGAAUUCACCGGCGAAAAUGGACGAAUACUGUAAAGAGAAGAAUUUCGCCGGAUGGUUCGAGACUUCGGCCAAGGAGAAUAUUAAUAUCGAGGAGGCAGCACGAUUUCUUGUCAAUAAAAUACUUCAGAACGAACAGUUGAUAAAAGGUAAUGGCUCCCAGGAUCAGACAGAUGGCGAGCGGUUCGCAUUGAAUCAAACGCCAACGAGUUCAAAGAAAUCCUGUUCCUGCUGACGAAUCGGUAACCAACCGAUAUCAGGAUCGUCCGGUCCGUUAUCGUGGUCCUGCCAUCACCGUUUAACCAUCGGUGCCAUGACACGAAAGUGCAGUUCUGCUUGUUCCGCGUCGACCAUCGCCGUCGUCGUUGGAUCUCGUCUCGAUCGUGUAACCAAUUUCCUCCCUGAGAAACGAACCAUAAUAACGAUCAUUCCAUCGAUCAAAGUCAUCUUUUGUAAGACUUCGAUGCUUCCUCGUACAUCGUCGAUGGUUACUGAUUGAGAAUUUAUGAAAAUCGAGCAUAAUUCUUCCAUUUGAUCUUUGUAAAUAUGCAUACAUAUAUAUAUACAAUGACGGACGAAAGAAAGUUUAAACGAUACUGUUUUAUUAUGACUUUAUUCGAAUUUUAGAAAGCGGAAUUCUAUUUUACGAGUACGAUGAAUAGAGGUGAUAUAUAUAUUCGAAGAAUGUGAUUGUUACCAAGAUGGUGAAAUGCAUCCAAUACGAAGUUACCAAUACUCGUAUAUUAUGGACUGAGGGUUUUUAUACAUUUAUAGGAAAUUUAUAGGAAGGUGCAAAAUUGCACGGAAUGCACAUAAUAUGAUCCACGCUAUAGUGCUUCGCAUAACACUUGUUAGAUAAAACAAUUUUCCAUCGAGAUUCCACUGUUUUAAUUAUAUCCUCAACAAUAUUGACUUGUAUAAAAAUCUCCAGUCUAAGCGUUUGCAAGUCGCAAUUUUAAACUUUCUUUUGAUCACAACUGUACGUGAUUCACAUUUGUCGGGGGUUCGGCUGAGUUUGUCGAAGAAGGUGAAACUUGGAAUGCUGAAUAAGCAUGGAGAAAGUAGAGUUUUUAAAAUAUUAGAAUUUUUAGACGUAGUCAGGCUGACCAAUUCUUCAUUAAAAUGAGAAUUCACAAUGAUUUUAUAGAUUUUCUUUUGUAGUUCUCAGGGGAUUUGAACGACUCUUUUUAUAAUGUGUAUGUUACGUUUCUUCCUAUACUUCUCAUUUUGAUUCCCUUGAAAUCGAAGACAAGUCAUUUAUAAGACAGAUAGUAAGUAAAAUUGAUAAUGAUACCGCUAAAGAUUGAUUACUAUCAUAAUUAUUGCCAUUAUACGCUAAGUUUCUAGAAAACCUGAUUAAUUGGCAAAUUAAACAUUUAAGAUAGACUUAACAUCUUCUCUUGAGUUCUACGCUAAAUAGAUAACUAAUAAAGAACCAAAUUUCAGAAUUCAAUGAAUUCCUUAAUCUGCUUUUAAACAAUUUUAACAUUAUCGUCCAGCGUGUCUCUACUCACAAUGUUUUCUGUAUGUCUUCCAAGUAUUCAUUGUUCAAUUCCAAUUAUUUUAUAGUCCACUUAUAUCGCUCCUUAUUUUUGUAAAAAGAAACUUUGGAAUAUUUCAACUUUUAAGCGAAUGUAUCUCGUCUCGGCAUUCUGAGCUCACCAUUCUUCUUUAUCUUCAUAAUUAUGGCUUCCAUCAGAAAGAAACAAAAGAAUGAUAAGAAGAUUGUGAACGGAUGACGAUUGCAAGCUCGACAGAAGAUAGAAGAAUUUUGAUUAAUAAGUCGAACGUUUUAGCGGGGAUCGUUAAUCGAAAGCCAGCACCGCUUACAGGACGUUUCUGUUAACGCGAGACUACCACGACGAAUAAUCGAUGUAUCCGUCACUAAAACAGCCUGUGAAUACGCUCCUGCUCGAACUUUGCGACUCUUACCAUUCCAAAAGAUCGUUUUCAUUACCUUAAUUCUAUAUUUCGUUAUUGCUGUACAGUAUUGAAUGCGAAAGUUUUAGAAACACGAAUAAGGACAGUUAUAAUAAAUAAUUUCGACAUAAUGGAUAAAUAUCUGAGAGGUGGAUUAACGAAUAGUUGAAAUGUACAAUUCGACUGUAACGUAAUUUGGAUUUAUUAGGUACCUAAUUUGAAUAUUUGUCAAAUUUAGACUUAUUAGGUAUUUCAUGUUUAGAUAUUUUUCUAAUAAAUCUGACUUUUAUUCAUUUUUAUUCGGCAACUAUUCUUCCGUCAUUUUUAUAUUCGUAAUUCGUUUUCUGUUUCCACCUCUUGGUCUUAGAAGACUAUGCUAACGUAAGCUUAACGAAAUAAACCACUCUCACGUUCCAGCGAUUUUUAUAUCAAUUCUAAAUCUUAAGUUCUAUCUGUUUUCUCUUUAUUGUUAUUUUCUUUUUGUUUGUUUGUUUUUUUAUUAAGAAAAAAGAACAUAGUGACAAUUCACGUCGACGAUUAACAGCGUUCACGAAUUAAACAACGAAUUAACAACCUGUCGAUCGUUAGAUGUAAAAUUAAGAAUUAAGAAAACAAAUUUACUUGUAGUUUCCUGUCUUUUUUUUUUUUUUAAUUAACGAGUGACGACGACACUGACCUUUAUAGACACUGGCCGCGACUUAUUCUAAUCGAACUGAAAAGGUAGCUAUACUAUGUUAGCCGACUAUCGAUCACUUACUAUGAUAAGUCUAGUUUACGUAUAUUACCGCUCAAAAGUAUCUGGACAUUUAUUUAUGUACUCUUGAUAGAUUGCGGCUUAAUCGCAAGACGAAGAAGAAACUUUCAUUGGUUUAAUUCUUUAUUGUAAUCGCUGUUUCCAAAAGCAGAAUACUCUACGACAAAUUUAUUUGUAGAUACUAAUCUUUGUGAAGUGUUCUAUCAUUUUGAAAAUUCUUUAUUUCAUUUACAAGCUGCGAGUCAAAUAAACAAAGUCUUAAAUUAAUAGAAUAUGAAAAUAAGAUAUUAUGGAGAUUCAAAGACAACAUUAGAAACACCAAAGUUUCUAUUUGUUUUUGCUUUUAAACGUAAGCGAUGAAUUGUGUAAAAAGUCAAUUUACAGAAGCUUGCUAUUGUUUCAACAUUUGCAAUAUUUACAAAGAACCGUACUCAUUAGUAAAAUUAGUAAUAAUUUUCAUCGGUUUUUACUAGUAUACGUACCAUUGAUUCACAAUUCCAUUAAAUUCAUAAAUAUUUCAUUAUUUUCCACUGAUCUACAUUUCAUUACUUGUGUGUCCGUUAUCAAGCAAAAAUUGAUGUACUAAAUCUAAGUAUCCAGAUACUAAUGAAUGGGUAGUAUGAUCAUUAUUGAUCGUUCUUCAACGAAUUUUGGUCCGUCGAUGAAAACUAAAACUGUGUUCCACGUUGAAAGCCUGACUGCUUGGAAAACGUUUCAUUUUCUAUAUAAUAACGUCGACCUAAGUAGAGUUUUUUAUACGAGUAAUUAUUAAUGUCCACGAUAUAUGUAUUUAACAGAGAAAAUGUCGUGAGUUUCUGCGUUUUUCUAUAGAAAAAUUAUGUGGUGCCACGUGUUUUCCUGUCUCUUUUAUCGUUUCUCCUUUUUUAUUAAGAUGAAAAUACUUUGUUCAUACGUAUUAUAUAUUAUAUACAGAUUGUAUUUAUAUAUAUAAGAAGCAUGUUAUAUAUACAUAUAAUUUAUAGUAAAGUGAUUGAGAUUCAAUAUAA